GGCUGCACUAAGCACAAGACCCCCAACAAGAUAGUUUCUCCCAUGGCGCUUCAAAGAAGAGCGCGCGGGCUGGAGGCGCUGUUAGUGCUGCUGGCACUGCAGGCCGGUGAUUUUUCAUUUGUCGGGCUACGAGAGAGGCCAUUUCAUAGCUUGCGGACGCGACUGCACGCAGGAAGGGUGGUCUUUUUGGGCUCGCCUGCCUGUGUCGAGGUGGUGCUCGAACGACUUUGCCAAGCUCAGAACGAGAAGGGCUUCGAGGUCUGCGCAGUGGUGUCAAGACCGCCCAAGCGCGUCAAGAAGGCGAUUACCAAGACGCCUGUGCAUGCGUUAGCUGACAAGCUUGGGGUCUCCGUGCUGGUCCCGAGCUCCGCCAAGGAUCCUGACUUCCUGGACGAGCUGGAGAAGCUGAAGCCAGAUGUGUGCGUCACCGCAGCGUAUGGAGAGUACCUGCCCAAGCGCUUCUUGCAGGCGCCCAAGCUGGGCACUGUGAACCUUCACCCCUCGCUGCUGCCAAGAUGGAGAGGCGCUUCUCCGGUGCAGCGUUGCUUGGUGGCCGGCGACACGGAGACCGGCAUCACGAUUCUCUACACUGUGGCAAAGAUGGACGCAGGGCCAAUCAUUGUCCAGGAGAAGCUGCCCUUGAACGGUUCGGAGACCUCCCCGGAGCUGCUGGAUUACCUUUUCGGGCGCGGCGCAGACCUGCUGGUGGAGGUGCUUCCGAAGCUGCUCAAGGGCGGGAUCACCAUGGACACGGCGGAAGCGCAGGACGAGCGUCUCGUUGAGAAGGCCCCUUUGAUCUCCAAAGAUGAGGGAAAGCUGUGGCCGCACAACGAGACCGCCCUGCAGAUGCGUGACAAGGUGAGGGGCUUUGCUGGCUGGCCGGGCACCACGCUGCCCCUGGCCUUGUCCGGUUCAAUGGCGCCGCUGGAAGGCUUUCGGGUCAAGGUGUCCAGCGCAGAGGUGGCUUCCCUGGACGCAGUGAAGGACUCGAUCAGCCCAGACGCAGCUCCUGAAGAGCUCUUCCUGGUCGACGCCGGUGAAGAGCCGGCAGUGGCACUGCGCCCGGCAAAUGACGCAGAGAAUGUGCUGCUGUUGAGAUCCUUUCACGUGCCGGGGAAGCCGCAUGAGGUUCCCGCCAAGACCUUCCACAAAGGCUACAUGUCCUUUCAGCCAGCCAAAUGGCUUGGGCCCAAAGAAGAAGCUGAACUGGUCGCAGCCCCCUCAGUAGGCACGAAGAAGAAGCAAAGGAGAGUCCGCGGGGCCUAGGCUGGCGAGCUGGGCGAGCGACCGAUCGCUUAGCAGCCGCCGGAAACGCAACA